CACGCGCCAUACCUUUUUAUUCUCUUCCGGUGUGAUUCGCUCUCUCUUCCGGUUGUCGUCUGUUCGUGUGGCAGAUUAACCAGUCCCCAAAAUGGCAAAGUCAAAGAACCACACGUUUCACAACCAGGCUCGUAAACACCACAGAAAUGGCAUCAAGAAGCCCAGGUCUCAGCGCUACGAGUCUCUAAAGGGGGUGGAUCCCAAGUUCCUGAGGAACAUGCGUUUUGCCAAGAAGCAUAACAAGAAGGGCAUGAAGGCUCAGAAUAAGGCCCCUGCCCCUGCUGUCGCCCCGAAAUAAACUGUUUCCACUCUUUGUGUUAAUAAAGUUAUGCUUUGUUGACUA